GCUGGGCACUUUUGAAGAUGCCCGGAGACCCCUGCCGCAUUUUGGUGCUUGGCAGUCGCGUGAAGUUGAGCUGCCAGAUCGUGUCGUCCGUCCAUCAUCACUCAGCAUUGACCGAAUUGAUACCUCGUCCACGUCCUCGACACAUCAGUUGAGAUGUCAAAACGCCGGGCGGACUGGACGAAUUAUGAGCCUCCGCCCAAAGCCCCCCGCCUGUCCACUUCUCCUCAGCAACAUCAGCAACAAGCCCCGGAAACCGCCCCCAGGAAGCACGCCUGGCAGUCUUAUCUUCCUCGGAUAAAACACAGCAACCAUCCGGAGUCCAAGGUUGGCACCAAUUUCCACGCCGUCUCCUAUCCUCUCACUCUCCUUCCAUACGAUUCCUGGUGGACCCUACACAGCAGCGCCGACCCAACGAAGCCCUACCGUUUCCAAUGCCCAAGGUGCUUCGCCGUGCGGACCCCAACACCACACGCCCGGAAGCUGUUUCUUGUCGCCGAACGCCUCUCGUGGUCGGAUGGAACAGUCUCUACCGCAGAACGGAACAAUAAUGAAGAAAAGAAUUGGGAGGUCAAUUAUGAAUUGGGCAUUUUGGAUCCGUCAAUCGAGGACCCGGAUCAACGCCCAGGCGGGAGGAAGAGCAGACUCAAUGAGUGGCAUCCAUAUGAGACCGAAUUCGAGAUGAGGUCCGCGUUGAAAUUGGUGGAGAAGGCGGAUCAUUUGACCGAAGCGUCGUGGAAGGUCUGGGUUGCCAUGAUGGAUGCGAUGCUACGGGACCAAGAACAAGAACCAAAGCCAGAAAGUGCAGUCAGAUAUGAGUCUCUAUACGCGCCCGCAGCGCCAAAGCAAACCCCAGGGCCUCCGCAACACCAGCCAGCAUCCGCGACGGCUUACAGUAGCUCGACAAGACUGGCGCCAAUGGGAAGCGUCCCUGCUAUGGCAUCCGGAACGACUACGCGUACCCGAGCCCAAGCACUAGCCGCCGCGCAACCAGCGCCAGACCCAGUCGUUUCUAUGCUGGCCAGGCGAGCUACGACAAACCCGGAGUUGAAGUCGAUUAUGAAGCUUGUGGCAGCACGCCGAGCCACACCGCAACAAGUCGAAAUCUUCCAGGGCCACGUUGACGAGUUGGCUAGGUGGAAUGAAAUGCGCACGGCAAGUAAACCGCCUUCUAUCAGCCUACCACUUCAAGCUCUUUCAAGCAUCUCACCUCAGCACGGGUCCAAGCAUUCUACGCAGUCACAUGACUUCGCGCUGCAUCCAAAAGCCAACGACGAGAACCGCUUGCCCUUCCCUGCACCUCCAUCAUCUUCGCCUAUAUUGACCUUUGACCACAAGAACGCCACUCAACCAGAAUCGCACACCGCCAGCCAACCACCAACUAUACCAUCGGUAGAAAGCAUACCCAACAUUAGUUUUCGCACCAUUCAGGAUUUCUACUCUUUGCUUGACCAAAUCGAACGCACUAGCUAUGUCGGUGCUAUGUUUUUAGAGGCAUACGCGGAAUAUCUCCGUCACGAUUUGUGUGGCAAUUGCUGGUUUCAAUUCAAUGUUCUUGCUGAUACGCCGCCGCCAACCCAACAGGCACCAGUUCAAUAUGCACCAGUCCAACAACUACCUGUUCAAUAUGCACCACCCCAACAUGCGCCCGUACAACACACACCCGGGUCAUAUACACCAGCUCAGUAUCCGCCAUAA